UAUAAAUGUCCAGCACUUUUUGGUGUUUGGGUGCUCUCAGCCAGGAUUUCAAUAUAUUGUAUUAUUAAAGGUCAAGUUUUAAAAUUUUGUUUUUUCUUUAAAGUAAAGCAUCUGCAGAGGUAACAUGCACAUGCUUUUAAGACACUAGUUCAAACCAGCUAGCCACAGAGGACCCAUCCUCUGUAAGGGGUUCUUUUUACUAUUCAGACCAUUGGAAUAAUCGACAUUUACAAGGUUUUCAUCAGCAGGAGUACGAUACCGUGUAUUUGAUCUGACUGUUUGAUGGAACUGAAUUGGAUAUAUCUGACAAUGGAGUUAAAAGACAUGUCAAGAUUUUUCACAAAAGUUUGGAACAAUACAACAUUACCCAAGCUUAGCCGUGGAGUCAGUAAGACUAACUGCAAUGCUGUACCAAAGACUCCAGGCAAAGAGAGGAAAGAUGACUCAAAUAGGGUGGUUCAAGAGAAAAGUAAUUGUGCGAGCAAUGAAGAAAUGAAUGACAGUGUUGGAAAGAACCACAAGGUUUCCAGUCUAGCUGAAUCCAAACACAAGAAAACAGAUUCAAAGUCCGGGUAUUUUGCUGCUGUAUGUGUUCUUAUCCUGAUGUAUUUACCUCCUGGCCAAGGAGCUGCCUUAGGGGUAUGA